CCGGAGAGAAGUGAUGAGAGCUGGGACGGAGUGUUAGCGCUGGGGAUGGAGAAAAAGGGGCACAUUCUGGAAUAAUGGGCACACUGGAAGUAGAGUUUAGGGGACUUGCAGGACACAAAAAACCAAGGACUUCCAGGUUCCUGGCGUGCCCUCUACAGAGGGAGAAAAAAGUUUGGAGGAAGGGGAACCAAAGCUCUGGACAUAAAUCUGAAUAGCCUGUCACCGUCCGGGUGGAGGUCACAGAUGAUAAAGAGCCUGAUCUAGACAGAGGCGGAGAGGAGAGGAGGGAUUUGAGGGCGCUGGGAGGGGGAGAGGGGGACCAGCAGGAAGCGGUGACUGGCUGAACAAAAUGGGGGUGGGGACGUGCAAGUUUCAGACUCCGACUACGCGGGGACUCGGAGGCGCUCAGAAAAAUGAAGCGGACCUGGCCCUGCCCGGAGGGACGCUCCACGAGGGCGGAGGUGCAGGGAGGGCCCCGCCACAAUUCGCUGUGACGCGAGCCAGGUUCGGGAGGAAGGACGGCCAGAGCGGAUUAAAGCCUCCGGGCAGGGGCAGCGAGGGAGCGAGGGGGAGCGCUCCGGCCUGCUCGGCCAGCGUCCCGGAGGAGGCAUAAUCGGAGCAGGGCUUCCAAGGUCACGGAGAGACGCCUAAAAAGACCUCUUAAGAAAGAUCUUCUUCCGGGCUUGACGGACAGCGGUCCUCCCGAACCGCACGGUCCAGCCAGGAAGGGUUGGGGCGGGGCCGGAGCAGGGGGCUGACUCGGGAAUCUCCGGCCGAGGCUCGGAAUCCCCCUCAAGCUCCGUCCGGGGCCUCGAGCCCGGAGCCUAUCCGGAAACAGCCGAGCGGAUCCGGAAACUGCCGAGCGGACCCGGAAGCGGUGCGCUCCGUCACCAGGGAGUGCGAGAAUCCGCCGUUUGCGUUGAGGCGAUGGCGGCAGCUGCGCCGGUGGCCGCGGGCGAAAAUCAGCGGCGGCGGGGGCUAGGGGCUGCAGUGGAGGGCCCCCAGCCCCAGGAAGGGGCGAAUGUUGAGGCCGAGUCAGGUGAGCUCAGCCGGCUUCGGGCUGAGCUGGCAGGCGCCCUGGCAGAAAUGGAGACCAUGAAGGCUGUGGCGGAGGUGAGCGAGAGCACGAAGGCCGAGGCUGUGGCUGCGGUUCAGCGGCAGUGCCAAGAGGAGGUGGCCUCGCUGCAGGCCAUCCUGAAAGACUCCAUCAGCAGCUAUGAGGCCCAGAUCACCGCCCUGAAGCAGGAGCGACAGCAGCAGCAGCAGGACUGUGAGGAGAAGGAGCGGGAGCUGGGCCGCCUAAAGCAGCUGCUGUCCCGGGCCCACCCCCUGGACUCCCUGGAGAAGCAGAUGGAAAAGGCCCACGAGGACUCGGAGAAGCUUCGUGAGAUCAUACUGCCCAUGGAGCAGGAGAUCGAGGAGCUGAAGGCGAAGCUGCUGAGGGCUGAGGAGCUGAUUCAGGAGAUCCAGAGACGUCCCCAGCAUGCCCCUUCCCUUCAUGGCUCCACCGAGUUGCUGCCCCUGUCCCGGGACCCAUCACCCCCGCUGGAGCCUCUGGAGGAGCUGAGCGGAGAUGGGGGUCCGGCAGCCGAGGCCUUCGCCCACAACUGUGACGACAGCGCCUCCAUCUCCUCCUUCUCCCUUGGCGGUGGGGCUGGCAGCAGUGCCUCCCUGCCCCGCAGUCGCCAGGGCCUGAGCCCUGAGCAGGAAGAGACGGCCUCACUGGUGUCCACGGGCACCCUGGUUCCCGAGGGCAUCUACCUGCCCCCUCCUGGCUAUCAGCUUGUCCCAGACACCCAGUGGGAGCAGCUGCAGAUGGAGGGCCGACAGCUGCAGAAGGACCUGGAGAGCAUCAGCCGUGAGCGGGACGUGCUGCAAGAGGGCCUGAGACGGAGCAACGAGGACUGUGCCAAGCAGAUGCAGGUGCUCCUGGCCCAGGUCCAGAACUCAGAGCAGCUGCUGCGGACCCUGCAGGGGACCGUGAGCCAGGCCCAGGAGCGGGUACAGCUGCAGAUGGCAGAGCUGGUCACCACCCACAAGUGCCUUCACAAUGAGGUAAAGCGAUUGAAUGAGGAAAACCAAGGGCUCCGGGCCGAGCAACCACCAUCCUCAGCCCCCCAGGGCCUGCAGCAGGAGCGGGGCGAGGAGGAAUCACUGCCCAGCUCUGUGCCGGAGCUGCAGCAGCUGCUGCGCUACACGCAGCAGGAGGCGCAGGCCCGGCUGCAGGCCCAGGAGCAUGGGGCCGAGCGCCUACGGAUCGAGAUUGUGACGCUGCGGGAGGCUCUGGAGGAGGAGACAGCGGCCAGAGCCAGCCUGGAGGGGCAGCUGAGGGUGCAGCGGGAGGAGACAGAGGUGCUGGAGGCCUCCCUGUGCAGCCUGAGGACGGAGGUGGAGCGGGUGCAGCAGGAACAGAGCAAGGCCCAGCUCCCAGACCUCUCAGAACAGAGGGCCAAGGUGCUGCGGCUGCAGGCAGAGCUGGAGACCAGCGAGCAAGUGCAGAGGGAUUUCGUGCGACUGUCCCAGGCUCUGCAGGUGCGACUGGAGCGGAUCCGCCAGGCAGAGACCCUGGAGCAGGUGCGCAGCAUCAUGGAUGAGGCGCCACUCACAGACAUCAGGGACAUCAAGGAUACCUGAGGGGUCAGGGUGACCCCACCCCCACCCCGCCCCGGGAAAGACGCCUUUCCCCACUCCAGAACCAUGAGGCCUGGCUCUGGGGUCUUGGAUGGCAUCUCCACUGUCCCUGAGCCUGGGGUUGAGGGGACGGACAGGGCCACCACUGCCCAGCCCUCCAGUGCCUCCUCCCAGGGUGGCUGGGCCUCCUGCUCUCAGGGAUCACACCUGGGUGAGGGGCCCAAGCCCCUCCCCGAACCAAAGGUGCAGGCUCAGGCCUGCGGCUUUCUGGCUGCUGUGCUGCCUCCUGGGCGCCAGCCCUCCCCUGCCCCCAGCUCAUCCCCUGUCCUGGGCACAGCCGAGUCAUGGGGGCUGGGAGUCCCCAUCAGAGGCAGUGAGGUGGGCUUCGGCCCUGGGACAGGCAGCUGCCUUCUGGUCUGCAUGACACUAAGACGCUUGACCAUAGGAGUGACCCGGGCCUCCAACCGUGCAGAGGCGAGGCCGGACUUUUCUGUCAUUUAUUUUCAAUAAAUAAGCAGCUCAGCGCG